UUUAGCUAUCACCUAACUUUGCUUAUUACACCCAACUCUCUCAGGUGAGACUUUCAGAAGAGGAGGGGAAAUGACGAUAGCAGCAGGAAUCGGAUACGCUCUGCUUGCUCUAGGACCUUCUCUUUCUCUCUUCGUCUCUGUCAUCUCCAAGAAGCCGUUCUUGAUCCUCACCGUUCUCUCCAGUACGCUUUUGUGGCUUGUAAGCCUCAUUGUGUUAUCCGGAGUUUGGAGGGCAUUUCUUCCUCUGAAAUCAACAAUAUGGUGGCCGUAUGCAUUACUUGUAGUUUCAUCAGUCAGUUUCCAGGAAGGGCUUCGGAUUCUUUUUUGGAAAGUUUACAAGCGUUUGGAAGACAUAUUGGAUGCUUUUGCUGAUAGGGUCUCCAAACCACGCUUAUUUCUGACAGAUAAGAUGCUGAUUGCUCUGGCUGGUGGUUUAGGUCAUGGUGUAGCCCAUGCCGUGUUCUUUUGUCUUAGCCUCUUAACACCAGCAUUUGGCCCGGCAACAUUCUUUGUUGAUAGUUGUUCGCAGAUACCAUUUUUUCUCGUUUCUGCUAUUAUUGCUCUUGCAUUCGUUACUAUUCACACUUUCUCAAUGGUUAUCGCAUUUAAUGGGUAUGCAGAAGGGAACAAAGUAGAUCAAUUUUUUGUCCCCGUAGUUCAUCUUGUUGCAGGAUUGGUGACACUGGCCAAUUUAGCAUCUGGGGGUUGCAUUGUUGGGAUUCCUCUUCUUUAUCUUAUGGCAAUAUUGACCUUAUUGCAUUGUGGGAAAAUGGUGUGGAGAAGAUUAUCAGAAAAUGUAAGCACACAAUGAUAAAUAGUGAAAAUAUUUUUGUAAAGUCUCAUCAUCUUUAUUCCAGGCGGUAGUGUGAUUUCCUCCUGUGGAAUGGUAAAAGCAAUAGCUCCCAAGACAUGUACUUUGCAGAUGAAAGAAGUGUUAUAUUUAUAUUGUGAGAGUACGCCACAGGUUCCAAGUACGUACAUUGUUUCUAGUUUUAUCAUAUCUCAGAAACACAGAAGCUCGAGAAACAAUUCAAAGAUGAUGUUUUGUAAUAGAUUGUGCAGCUCAAUUCCUGAUAUGAAUUCCUAUUUCAACUUGCAAUUCUGUACUUGGCUUUUUGGGAAGAUAAUAAUUGAUAUUGCAAUCCAA